AUGCGACAGGGAAUAGGGUCAGCCUUCCCGCGGACCUCCCCUCUGCUUUUUCUAGGUUUCGGGUGCUUCUUGAUUCUUGUCUCUGCUUUGAGUCCCCCCUCUCCGGCGAGGUCACCCCUCGCGCCCGAGAUAGGGCUGUCCCCAGAAGGACCGGUGAAGGCCUCCCGCAGCUUGGAAAACCCUCCGAGGAGCGUCUCUAUCAACUCUUUGGUGCUACCCUGGGCCCCUUUCGGAGUUUCGCGAGUUUUAGGGGCCUUCAUGCAAGUAGGAAGCUCAAAAGAGGCUCCGGAAGAGGGUGAAGAACAGGCCGAGUCCGACCGUGAAGCCGGGGAAUCCUCUCAGGAGGAUUCUGCUAGCGAAAAGGGGGGCGGCGGUAAGAAAUCGGGGGCCCGCCGUGCUUCAUAUGACGAUGCAGGUGAGGGCAGCCAAGCGGAAGGAGACUACGAAGAGGAAAGCGCAUCGGAAACAGGCAGGCCGGAAGGUCCAAAGGCAUCAGCGGGGGCUCCUGAAGGCACCUCUGGAGAUGAAAGCCUAAGCAAAGCGACUCCACAGGAGGCCACUUCCUCUGCUGGCAUCUUGCCUCCUGCAGUGCUCCCUUCCGGUCCCCCCUCGGCCUCGGAUUUUUUGCCACAACUCUCAUAUGCAGACGGCGAUGAGCUCUGUCACUCCAUUUCUUGCAGCAAAGUCGCAUCCGGUGCCAGCCCCUCUCUCCCAGUCAAAGGUUGCAAGAAGGCGGUGAAAUGCAAAGGCUGCAAAGAAGGUGGUGCCCCUGAGGCCAAAUGUCUUGACUGGAAGCCUUCACGACAGCCCGAAAUCCUCCUGCGAAGCGGGACGUACUACGGGCUCAAGCGCAUCUCGCGUUCCGGAUCCUUAGAUCUGGCGAUAAAGUGGGAUCACGAGAAUACUGAAAUUGAUUUUUCUGGGUGCCUUCUCGACGUCAAACAGGCGACUCUGGCUUCGAGGGAGCUCAACGAGACGGGGGGGAAGGGGCCAACGGACGUGGGUUUUCCAAAUCGAUGCGUUGCGCCUUUAGGCAAUGUGCGUGCAUUUGCUUUUCACCGAAUGGCACAGCUGACCCUUGCCAUUGCCCGCAUCCCCGAGGAGGGAGCUGAAUCUCACUCUAUUCCUAAGCUUUCGUUUGGGCUUAAGAUGAACAAUGGGACGGGAAUUGCAAGGGCCUUCUCAACUACAGCGAAACCCGUCGUUACCCCCGCAUGCUUUCAAUCGGAUCAAAGGAGCAGCGUCCUCACACUGGAUGGGCAGGAAGCCGCGUUUGUGGUUGGGUGGUUCUCGGUCCCCAAACACAAGACUUUUCCCCUCUAUCCCCGUAACUUUACGAUUCGUCUCUUCUGUCACUCUAGCUCAGACUGCUCUCUGUCUCAGCUCGCUAUCUGUGCCAGACUGUCGUGCCCUAUAGCCUCUCCAGAAGUAGAGAAGGAAGUGCUAGCGGCAGAAGAAGCUAUGCAGCACCCAGUAGGAGAACUGCCUCCCGUCGUGCCUGGUACUUCUACCCUUGGCACCAGUCUGGCUGGAGGGAAUGCUAUGGCGCUUCAAGCGGGAACGUCAUUGCUAGCCCCGCAGCAGCUGCUACAGCAACAGUCGCAGGGCAUUCGGCAGCUUCAAUUCAGGAGCAGGUAUGGAUUCAUGCCAUACUGGAGGGCCGCAGCACCAGCCAUCACUGUUAGUUGGGGUGUUAUCAGCCUUACAAUUGCAGCAUAUCUGUUCACCGUGACAACGUGA